AUGGGGCUAAGGUAAUAGUCGCACUAAGGGGAAGCACUAUCGAUCGAUUUGACCUUCCCUGUUCUAUUAUUGUAGUGUUUGUUCAGUUACAUCACUGUUUCCUUUCUUCCAGCUGAAGAAAGAACAAAUAUUAUCUCCACAUAUAGUAAAAAAUAGAAAAACAUAUAAACUUGGAGUUUGCUUAUUUUUUCAAUUGACUGUAUAUGUAUUAAGAGAUAUAGAUAUAGAAAACAAAACAAAUAUAUACAACCCGUCCUUAUAGCAAGUCAUCAAAACUUAGUAUAAAACUCAAAAUAGGAGGAGAGAAUGAGUAAACAUAACUAUGACUCUUGGAAUACAUGUGACUUUAAACCUCUCCCUAGCAAUUGUUAAGCAUAACUUCUCUUGCAAGUUACUAAGGAGCAAGUACCAGAGUGAGGCAGUGCACUACAUUUAUUCAGGAAUCUGCUGGCAUGGAGCUGCUUCUUCAACAGUUUUUGAGUGCGCUGGGACUUAUUUUAUGUUUUCAAUUUAUACUGAAAUGUUUUGGAUUUUCAAAGUACCUGUUUCCACGCCUUUGGGGUGUAUUGCCCCCAUCUUUUCUUCAAACAAUGGGAGAAUGGGCAGUUGUGACUGGAGCUGGAGAUGGAAUCGGUAAAGCAUAUUCAGUUGAGCUGGCAAAUCGUGGCAUGAAUAUUGUGAUGAUCAGCCGAACCCUUGACAAAAUGCAGAAGGUUGCUUUGGAAAUUGAGCAGACUACAGGAAGAAAUGUUAAAAUCAUACAAGCUGACUUUACCAAAAAUAAGAUAUAUGAGCACAUUCAGGAAAAUCUUAAAGGACUGGAGAUUGGAAUUCUGGUUAAUAAUGUUGGGAUGCUCCACAGUCCUGAUCCUUGCUGUUUUCUUGCUGCUCCAGACAAUGAUGAGAAUCUCAUUAAUUGCAAUGUCUUUUCUGCUGUUAAGAUGACAAGACUAGUAUUAAAGCAGAUGGAGCAAAGGAGAAAGGGUCUUAUUUUGAAUAUCUCCUCUGCUAUUGGUAGCUUUCCUUGCCCACUCUAUACUAUCUAUUGUGCUUCUAAAGCGUUUGUCACUACUUUCUCCAAAGCCCUUCAAGCUGAGUACAAAUCAAAAGGGAUUAUUAUACAGGCAGUUGCUCCAUAUGGUGUUUCUACUCCUAUGACAAAAAACAUGUCAGCAAAUUUAAUAACAAAAUCUUCAGAAGACUUUGUACGAGAGUCGCUAAAUCAUGUUACACACGGGAGCGAGACAUUCGGCUGCCUUGCACAUGCAGUUUUGGUAAAUUCAGUCUAGAACUAUGGAGGUAUCAUAAACCAAGUUCCACUGUGCGUGAUCCACAGCACAAGAGUACAAGAGUAUUUUCUGAACACCAUUAAUGCUAAGAAAAAGUAAAGAAAAUAAAAAUGUCAGCUGGC